UUCAAAAAUGUGAACUGAAAUUUAUUUCAUUUGCCAGACUACCACCAUUCUCACUGGAACAUGGCAGAACAAACACGGCAUUUCAUUCUCAUGGCACAAGAGGUCGGCCAGUGAUGUUGAUUGGCCUCCUCUAGACGAAAUAUUGUGGAUGACAAAGCAGGAGGUCAACCUAAUGGGCGUUGUGGUUGGGAGCGACACAUUACAGCAUGUUCCAGCAUGUUGCGCAUAAGGGAUGCAUGCCGGAGCGGGACAUCCUAUGGUACUUGGUAUUCAUAGGUUUUGCAGUCAAUUAUAUGUUCAGACUGAAUGUCAAUAUUGGCAUUGUAUCUAUGGUGAAGAACCGACCACUAAAAUUAGAUAAUACAUCAUACUCUAGUGUAUGCAUGGAAUCACAGUCAUCACUGACUUCUUAUAACAGUAGUACCAACGUCACAACAAUUGGGCUGCACCUAUCUGAUGAGUUGAGAUUUGACUGGGAUGAGAAGCAGCAAGGGUUAAUUCUUGGCAGUUUCUUCUGGCUCUUCUGGACUACACAAGUGCCUGGUGGCUUGCUGGCACAACGUUAUGGUACCAAGCUCGUAUUUGGACUUACAAAUGGCAUUCCAUGCUUGCUUUCUUUCUUCAUUCCACUAUUUGCAAGAGCAGAUUAUCGUGCUCUUGUUUUCCUCAGAGCACUUCAAGGCUUCAUUGCUGGAACAACAUGGCCAGCAAUGCAUCACUUGGCAGCAAACUGGAUUCCACCUAAUGAACGCAGUAAAUUUGUCACAGCUUACAUGGGUAGUUCUGUAGGGGCUGCAAUUACCUAUCCUCUUUGCGGUUUUCUUAUCAAAUGGUUUGACUGGCCAUCAAUUUACUAUGUAACUGGUGUAGUUGGUGUGAUAUGGUUCAUCACCUGGUGGCUCUUGGUGUAUGAUAGCCCUGCCGAACAUCCGCACAUCUCUGAGAAAGAAAAAACUUACAUCCUCAGUAAACUUGGGGAGACAGUUGCUGAGAAGAAUUUACCAACUCCUUGGAAAGAAGUGUUACUGUCAAGACCUGUGUGGAUGAACAUUCUGGCACAAUGGGGAAAUAUAUGGGGGCUGUUCACUUUGAUGACCCAGGCUCCAACAUACUUCAAAUAUAUUCAUGGCUGGGAUAUCACAAUGACAGGUUUUCUCUCAGGGAUUCCUCAUUUGACUCGAGUAUGCUUUGCAGUUUUAAUGUCCUUUCUUGGUGACUACCUGCUGAGGAAGGAUUUCAUGUCACGGACAAACGUUCGAAAGAUGGCUGCUGCAGCAUGUACCAUAGGCCAAGGUUUGUUCACACUUGGACUUUCCUUCUCAGGCUGUAAUGCCACUGCAGCCAUUGUGUUCUCAACUGUAGCAACUGCAGUGAGUGGAGCUGUAUCUACAGGACCGCUUGCAAGCUUCAUUGAUAUCAGUCCCAACUUUGCAAGUGUCAUGCUGGGAAUAAGUAAUAUGAUCAGUGUUGUUCCUGGCUUUAUAUCACCAGUCAUUGUUGGCUACCUCACAUAUCAAAAUCAAACAAUAGAGCAGUGGCAGCUGGUGUUCAUCAUAUCAUCAGUUAUGUUGCUGGUGGCAGGAUUCCUGUACAUACUUUUCUCAUCAUCUGAGCUGCAGAAGUGGAAUACACCCACUGAAAGAAAACACAUCCCUGAAAAUCAGGAGCUAAAUCCAAAAUAAAAUGCAGAAAUAAGUUAUGCAAGAAUCACGGCAAGUGGUAGAAGAGGACAUUUAUAACAAAACAGAAGACUAAAAUGACAAUACUGUACAUAAUAAUAUUAUGUACAAUAUAUUUGCUGUCACUGUAGUACUCAAUAAACAGUAGUAUGAGGUAUCUUCCAAAAUUAGAAGUACAGCAUUAUGCGAUUUAGAGCCAUGUAGACUGAUAGAUGGGUACCAACAUUCUCCAGAACACUGGUAACUAUCUACCAGACUACAUGGCAUCACAACUCAGGAGACUGUAAUCCUAAUAGUCAACAACAGGAGAACUUCAAAUCUCAUAUAGUCCAUAAUGUUCUUCCGAUUUGUCAUGGAAAUACUUUAUUUUCAUGUUGAAUUUAAGGUUCUUGUAGUAGUGACUAUGAAGAGUGAAGUCUUUUGGGUUGUACGGCCAGGUAAUUUGGAGAUGGCAUAAUGUUUCAGAGAAAUAUAAUGCCUUCAUCUUCAAGGCCAAGAGUGUGCCAAGGAAGAAGGGACCAGAAGCAAAUGGCAAGCUGAGCUUGGUCUGAAUUAUGUGGUAUUAAAACAGAGCAUACCAUACUCUUUAUUUUCAGACUUAAAUACUUAGAAUAGCUUAUUUGUUACUCAAGAAUAUUGUAUUAUAUCAGAUCUGCAUUUUUCAUGAUAGUUAAAAUAAUUGUGACUUCUGACACCAUGUAGUCUUGUAUGCAGUUAUCAACAUUUCAUAGAAACAUACUUCUUCCAUCUUCAGGGUCCAGAAACCAGAAAGGAGGUGGGGCAACCUUGACACCCGCUCCUUGCUUCUUUCCAGCAUUGCUUACUUUCUGACUCUGAAUAUGAAGACAGCAUGUUCUUCUAAAACAUUAUUGAACUUAUACUUGAGUACACAGUGUUACAUCACAGAAGGUAGUACUCUUAACAGAAAAGUUCUCUGUUCAUAUAAUUGUGUCAAUUCCUAUCCUGCCUGCAAUUUAUCUGAGAAAGAAUGUUCCUGUCGGGAAUUACAAAGCAAUUAAGCCUGACAUUCAAGACAAUACACUAUGUGCAGAAUGUUUCAGUGACUACAGGAAAAAGAUAGAGAAAACAAAGUGUGCUUAUUUUUUCUAUAAAUACCAGAAAAGCAAAAAUCUGUCUGAAAGAAAAAAUGUUCAGAUCACUGGGAACUGCAAAUAAAUUGUAAUAUGUGAGAUCAACUGGAAAUCUUCACAGUUUAGGCCACUUACUGCCUACAUUUACUUAUUAAAAUCAAUGAAAUGAAAAUGAA